GGAGUAUUCUAGUUAGUUCGUCGGCGGCAGCUUAAUUCUGAAAACGGCGGCGACAAUGAACUUUCUGUUCACCUCCUUCCGCCGGAGCGUCCUCGUAAACCCUAGUCCUCGCCACCACUUCCUUCUUCAUAGAUUGUUAUCAUCAUCGCAUCGUUCAUUCCCGCCCAUUUCCGUUGAGCCUCUCAUCCAACGGUUACUAUCACCCGCCGCACACGAUUCUACAAAUACUACGCCGCAUCAGAUCACCGUCCCCGAUUUCUCAAAGUCCGAUCUCUCCACUAUAUCGAAUCUUCUCGAAAACACUGAUGUUGCUCCCGGUUCGAGUCUCGAACCCGCUCUGAAUGAAACCGGAAUCGAACCGAGUGUUGAGCUGGUUCAGGCGCUGUUCGAUCGGUUUAGUUCAUCGCCGAUGUUGCUUCACUCGGUGUACAAAUGGGCGGAGACGAGACCUGGGUUUACGCUUUCUCCUUCAUUGUUUGAUUCUGUUAUCAAUGCUUUGUGUAAAGCUCGUGAAUUUGAAAUUGCUUGGGCGUUGAUUUUUGAUCAAGUGAGAAGCGAUGGUGGAGUAUCGGAUUUGGUUUCUGCAGAUACGUUUAUUGUUUUGGUCAGACGGUAUGCUCGUGCUGGUAUGGUGCAACAAGCUAUACGAGCUUUUGAAUUCGCUAGAAGAUAUGAUCCGGUUUGUAAAUCAGCUUCGGAACUUAAGUUGCUUGAGGUUUUGUUAGAUGCACUUUGUAAAGAAGGACAUGUUAGAGAUGCCUCUAUGUAUUUGGAGGGAAUACGUGGGAUGAUGGAUUCAAAUUGGGUUCCUUCUGUUCGGAUUUUCAACAUAUUACUGAAUGGAUGGUUCCGUUCAAGAAAGCUAAAGCAGGCUGAGAAGUUGUGGGAAGAAAUGAAAGCAAUGAAUGUGAAGCCAACUGUUGUUACUUACGGUACCCUCAUAGAAGGGUACUGCAGGAUGCGUCGUGUUGAGAUUGCUAUGGAUGUUCUUGAAGAAAUGAAGAUGGCAGAAAUGGAACUCAAUUUUAUGGUCUUUAAUCCUAUAAUUGAUGGUUUAGGGGAAGCUGGUCGGUUACAAGAAGCGCUAGGCAUGAUGGAGAGGUUCUUCGUUUGCGAAUCAGGUCCUACAAUAGUAACUUAUAAUUCACUAGUGAAGAAUUUCUGCAAGGCUGGAGAUCUCGCUGGUGCUAGCAAGAUACUCAAGAUGAUGAUGACACGGGGAGUUGAUCCUACCGCAACUACGUACAACCAAUUCUUCAAGUAUUUCUCAAAGCAUAACAAGACGGAAGCAGGCAUGAACUUAUACUUCAAGUUGAUUGAAGCUGGGCAUAGUCCAGACCGGUUAACAUACCAUUUGAUCUUGAAAAUGCUGUGCGAAGAUGGGAAGCUGAGCUUGGCAAUGCAAGUGAACAAGGAGAUGAAAAACAGAGGAAUUGAUCCUGACCUAUUAACAACCACGAUGCUGAUUCAUUUGCUCUGCAGACUCGACAUGUGGGAAGAAGCAUACGAAGAGUUUGAGAAAGCGGUAAGACGAGGGAUUAUUCCACAGUACAUCACAUUCAAGAUGAUUGAUAACGGGUUGAGAUCGAAAGGGAUGACCGAUAUGGCGAAAAGACUAUCAAGUAUAAUGUCGUCUCUUCCUCACUCGAAGAAGCUGCCAAAUACAUACAGAGAAGCGGUAGAUGCGCCUCCUGAUAAAGAUAGAAGGAAGUCUAUUUUGCAUAGAGCAGAAGCAAUGUCUGAUGUGUUGAAGGGUUGCAGAAACCCAAGAAAACUGGUGAAGAUGCGUGGAACUCAGAAGAAAGCUGUUCGUGACGACGAAAGCUUGAUAGAUGAUCUGAAAGAACAACAAGGAGAUGCAAGGGAGUUUUAAGUGAGAGUACUACUGCGAGAGGGAGAGUCUUGAGAAUUGAGAUCAUCCUUGUAGUUUACAGAAUACGGAGGUUGAGAAUGGGCUUAUAACGGGCUCUUUAGUAGUACUCGACUCCAAGGCCCAUUUCAUCUUAAAUAUAACCUUUUCAUGUUC